GAUUCCGUUCAAGGGUAUUUGAAAUCCACCCGCUCCUUUCUCUUUCUCGCUCUCUGUCGCACCUAAGUUUACCUCAGUGUAUUUCCCCCAACUGCUCUUCUAUUCCUCAUUACCACAUUCUUUUGUUUUUAUUAUUAUCAUUGUUGCUGUAAAAACAAAAAUUCCUCUCGAGUGUCGACCUGAAUUAUAGAUACCUAUUUUUAUUAUUAUUAUUAUCAUCAUCAUUGAUCAUUCACACACACGCGCGCUUUUCUUCGUCUUCUUUCUUCUUCUUUCUCUCUCUCUCCGUGGCAAUGACGGGCUCCACCAACGGCGGCGAGAAGGCGGAGUCGGGCACGGCGCGUCUUUUUGUCGGGCAGCUGAACUUUGAUGCGACAGAACACGACUUGCGGCAGAUCUUCUCCUUCUACGGACACGUCAUCCACACCAAUGUGUUGCGUGACGCGGACGGCAAGAGCACCGGUAGCGGCUUCGUGACCUUCCGACAGACAGAUGAGGCCGACUUUGCGAUUAUGUCGAUGCACGACCGCUACAACAUGGGACGUGAAAAGCCGCUCCAGGUGUCGUAUUGUCGUCGCAGCGAGCGCAUUUCCCCGUUUGGCUACGAGCACGCGUUGAAGCUGCGCGAGAAGAAUAUCACAAACCCUCCCCCGCCGCAGCCAACUGCGUGA